AUGAAUUAAAUUUAGAAUAAGUUGAGAAAAAGGACCUAUUAGCUUGAUGCUAAUAAUUAGAAUUAUGAUAAGAAUAACAAUAUUUAAAAAUUAUCUACUUCAAAUCAUAAUUCAAUGUAAUUAUACAAUCAAAUCUAAUAGAGAUUUGUGUAGAUAAUCUCAUGCUAUGACUUUUCAUUUAUCAAAUCAAAGAAAAAAAUCACUUUCAGAAUAAUCUUAAGAAUCAGAUGCUGAGUUAAAACAUACACAUAGAAGAGCAACUACUAAUAAUAUCAUUCCUUAAAAAAAUUACAAGGCACUCUAAUAAUUUUCAUAUAUCACUCAGAUUAUGAUGCCUGACUAUGAAAAAAAUAUCAACACAAUUUCAGUAAUUGAGUAUUAUAGAUAUAAUUUAUUCUCAGAAGCAAAGCUUAUUAAAUUUAAUAAGCAAAUUAAGUUGAUCAAAAAUAUUUGCAGAGGUUGAAUGAUGGUGAAAUAUGGAUAGAUUAUAAAUUUGAAAAUGUAAAAUUUAUAUAUUAUCACUCUAGCAUCCAAUUGAACUUAAGUAAAAUUUUAUCAAUGUAUAGAAAUUAAGAUAAUUGGAAUUUUAUUAUUAUAAAAUUAAAUGUUAAGGUGAACCAAUACCUUUAAGUUUUAACAUGACCUAAAUUGAAUCAACUAAAUUUAAGAUAUUUUUAUCUACAACUAAUCCAUUUCCAUCAAAAUUUUCUUGUGAAUAAAUAUUCUAAGUCAAAACUUGGAAAUAUAAAAGCAAAGACUACAAGUUAUUUAGAUAACAUUUUAUCUUUAUUUCCUUAGUUUGUGACUUAGAUACUACCAUUAAAAUUUAAUUUAAUUUUGGAUCUUUAGGAAAUUAAACAAUUUCUAAAAGUCCUAUCACUAAAUAAUAAAUCAAAUCAAAUCUUAUUGUUUGUGACUUGACUGUUUCAUAAAUUAUUAAGAAAAGAAAAAAAUAAAUGCUACAAUUAUCAAAAGGAAGAAAUUUAGUUUAGGAGAAUAUCUUAAAUGUAACAAUUUAGAAUGAUGAAUAUUAUAAAUCUUAAAAAUAAUAAUACAAAACUUUACAAUAAAAGAAAUUUCAUGAAGUUUUAAAUAAGAAAAAGCAAUUAGAAAUCAAUACUUAAGGUUAAAAAUAAAUUAAUUAUUUCUCUAAAGAAAUAACUCAUCUUCUAAAAAAAUUAAAAUAAUAAAAAGAUUUCGAUUAAAAUCGUUACUUAAAAUCAGAGAUGUAAUUCGAAAUGCUUAGAUUAAUUGCAUAUUUAUAAUUGAUUAGUUUAAUACAUGAAAAGCUCAAACACUAACAUAAAAUUAUUCUUCACAUCUAAAUUAUAUAAAUUAAAAUGUAGACUAUCUAUUAUAGAGCUAAAAAAAAUAUGUGUAAAUUAAAAGGCAACGAUUUGUUUGGAAGAACACAUCUUGAUGUUAAAUUGUAAAAAUAUUUUAUAUAAUUAAAGUUGUCUAUAAAUGUUUGCUAAUUAGAUUAAAAAGAAAGUUAGAAUCUAAAAUAUUGAUAAAAUUUAACCUAUUUUAAUAUAAAGAUCUUUAUUAUGGAAUUUUAAAGAAAAAAUUCAUCAUACCACAAAAUAAAUAUAAUUUAUUAAGAAUUCUAUUUAUAACUUUAUUCUUAGAUAUAGAGUUUAUAAAUAGUUUUUAAGGUAAAUUUUUGAAAAACAUUUUGAUAUUAAUUGUUAAAAAUUCAUAGAAAAUAAUCUUAAAAUUUAAUAACAGUUCGAACUUUGGCAUUAAAAUUCAAAAUAUAUUAUGUAUUUUUAAUUUUUAAGUUAAAAUUUUGCUAAUAUUUUUGGAAAAUAAAAUUUAAAUACAUUUUUUAAAAAUGUAAGAAAAUAUCAAUAAAUAAUAAAAAGUGAAAGAAAGGAAUCUACAUUGAGUAAAAAAUAAUUAUAGAAUACUUAAAUAAUAAAUUUUUUUAAAGUUCCCUUAUAAAAUGACUUCCAAUAAAUAAUUCCGAUUAUAUAUGAAUAAACAAAAACUGUUACAUCUUAAUAUUGCAAAGAUUAAAUAAGGAGACCUUUUAACAAAUUAUAAUUUUGA